AUGUCAAAUUGUAAUUCAGGGAAAAAUUCUCAUUCCUUUUCAAAUUUAUUUACUAGCAGACUUGGAGAGAGGCAUCCAACAUUUAACAGAUCGAUACAAGCUAAUGCAACAAUUAGGGAUUGAAGAAAAUCUUCGCUGCCCCUAAAUGAAGGGUUGACUAUUGUAAAUAAUGGAACUUCGUCAAUGCCAAACAUUUUAGAGCAAAAACCAAAACUGGAAGCCUCAGACCAAAUUCUUCCUUCAGUAAAUCUAUCUGAAAUAAAUCUGCAAAACGAUAAAGCUUUUUUGCCAUCUAUUACAUUAAGUGGCUUUUAUAAGCCAAAACAAUACCCUCUCCAUUCUCUUUACAAGCCAGCAGUAUUCAGCCCCAGAAAUUUUUUGCCAGAAAAAUCAAAUAAUAUGUGUGAUAACUCAGAAAGAAUUCCAAUCAACCUGCAUAGGAAGAAUUUCGAUAACGAACUUGAAGAAAUUGUGAGAAAAAGAAUAGCGCUUCCUCAUAGCAAGUUUCCUAAAACAAUUAUUUUAGACUUGGAUGAAACUCUGGUUCACUGCUCAAAAUAUAUUGAUAAAAAUGAUAUUAUUAUCAAAAUCAAGCUACCAAAUGGUACGAUUGAAAGACUUGGUCUAAAAAUUCGCCCUUUUACAAGAGAAUUUUUACACGAAGUGAACAAGAAUUUUGAAGUUUUUGUUUUUACAGCUUCAAAUUCAUUCUAUGCAGAUCCCGUCUUGGAUUCGCUAGAUCCAGAGCAUAAGUAUUUUGCAAGAAGAAUAUAUAGAGAAAGCUGCGUCCACAAAGGGAGAUAUAAAGUAAAAGACUUACGGAUUUUCUCCAACCGAAAUUUAAAAGAUAUAAUCAUUAUUGAUAAUUCGUGAAGCUGCAUUUCUAAUCAAAAAGAUAAUGGGAUUUUAAUAUCAAGCUGAUAUGGAGAUAUGACUGACUGCGAGCUGCAUAAAUUAUUGCCGUUUUUAAACUCCUUACAUAGUGUAAAAGAUGUCCGAGAGUCUAUAAAAAGAGCUCCAAAUAUAUUUACUAAAAAUAAAAUUGCUAGGCUGUAUAUUUGUCUGUAG